GCGCCGUCUGCUUCCCUCCCAGCCACCGCCACCUCCCCACGCCUCCUGCGAGGUUGCAGCGGCUGUACAUAAACAGCCCCGCUUGCCGCCAGCGCAUCGCAGCCGUGAGACCAGGGGACCGGCGCUUUCCUCCACUGAGGAACCCAAGGAGAGGAUCGGGCACCGACAGAAAGCAGCCAGGGAAGGCGCGCCGCAAAGACGGAGACGAAUCACGCCUAGGGAGACCCGCAGCAGAAGCUGCCCUUUGGAGCUGGGGGGGGGAACAGUUCAAGUUCAAAAGAAGGGGCAGACCCAGCGGAGAAGAGACGGGAUCGUCCCAGCCUGGCGAAGACAAGGGCGCGGCCGCAGAGGAAGGGCUCGCUCGGGUAUUGGCAUGGCCUUAGCGGACAGCGGUCGGGGACUCCCCAACGGGGGCGGCGGGGGCAGCAACAGCGCCUUGAGGAGCGGGGCGCGAUCGCAGCAGCAAGAGCUAGCGGCGUCGGUGACCGGCAGCGGCGAGGGAUUCCCAGAGAUCGUGGAGCUGAACGUAGGCGGGCAGGUGUACGUGACGCGCCGGGGCACGGUGCUCUCGGUGCGGGGCUCGCUGCUCUGGCGCAUGUUCUCGCAGCAGGAGGCGGCCGAGCUGCCCCGCGACUCUAAGGGCCGCUUCUUCUUGGACCGCGACGGCUUCCUCUUCCGCUAUAUCCUGGAUUACCUGCGCGACCAGGAACUGGUAUUGCCUGAGCGCUUCCCCGAACGGAGCCGCCUACAGAGGGAAGCCGAGUACUUUCAGCUGCCGGACCUGGCGCGCCGCCUGGCGGCCGCCGGCGCAUCAGCUGCGACGGCGCGCUUCUGCGGGCUCUUGCGCGACGCCUCCGUGUGCGCCGACGAGCCACCGGCGGGGCUGGGCUACCUGGAGGCGGACCUGCCCGAGGCCGGUGGCCCGGCUCUGUCGGCCUCGCCCACGUCCAGCCGCAGCCCAUCAGGGGGUCCCCUCCUGGCGCCGUCGCUCUCCCUAGAUGCCGGCGGGGUGGUAGCCGGGCGGCGCUCGGGCUACAUCACCAUCGGCUACCGCGGCUCUUACACCAUCGGGCGGGACGCGCAGGCGGACGCCAAAUUCCGCCGCGUGGCGCGCAUCACGGUGUGCGGCAAGACGGCGCUAGCCAAGGAAGUCUUCGGCGAGACACUCAACGAGAGCCGCGACCCGGACAGACCCCCAGAGCGUUACACGGCCCGUUACUAUCUCAAGUUCAACUUCCUCGAGCAGGCCUUCGACCGGCUCAGCGAGGCCGGCUUCCGCAUGGCCGCCUGCUCAUCCACAGGCACUUGCGCCUUCGCCCCGGAGCAGGGCGGCCCUGCCGACGACAAGAUCUGGACCAGCUACACCGAGUACGUCUUCUGCAGGGAGUAAGAGUGAGGCGGGGGCCGAGGUACACGCAAGAGGGACAAGCGCAGCCUGGGCACCAGCCCCACACUCAAGACUUAAAAAGGCACAUGCCAUUACCCCAACCUUGGAUGGCUAGGGCCUGUCUUUCAGAGGCCUCCUUAGGGUUGCCACAAUUUUUGCUUUCAGGGGAGUUUAAUAAAUGUUCGAAAGGCUGAUAUUGAAGGGGUGUAGUCUUCCAUGGUGCAUCGCGCUAGGAGAGACAAAACUGCACCACUUGAAUUUCUGCCACUUAAAGAUGAGCCGUUGCCCAAGCAAUAGGGUGGCAAUCCUAUGGCUCUUCCACAUUUUAAGAACUGCAUAGAUAGGAAAUCUCCAUGUUGUUGUGUCUUCUGUAUAACUCUUAAAGGUACAGAGGCCUCCCCUCUUCCACACUGACUCUUCAUUUACAUUCUGUGCACUUGUCCUGUGGUCAUCCCUUCAUAACUUUAUGACCGCUCAUCCACCUCUCAGUUCUUCAUCCAAAGAAUGCCUUCUAUACAUAGGUUUCUUACUUAAAAAGACACCCACCCCCUUUCCUAAACUAUCUCGAGAACAUCAUUAAUGUCCUUUUUUGGUGAAAGUUUGAUCUGGAGAUGACUUUACCCCUUACAUGGAUCUAGAGUGCCUCCUUUGGCCAUUUCCAUCUAAUGUGCUGCAUUAUCUGAUCAAAUCCCUUCUCAAGUGCCAACUGUUGCAGAAUGCAGUGCCUCAGAUUCUACCCAAUAUGUGACCUGUUGAUACCUCCAGAGGUAAAGCCUGGUUGGAGUGCCGUCCACAUCGUCCUACUCACCCAUCAACACACACAAACAUGCCCCCUUCCUAACAUGCAUAUAUGUCUGAAGAUAUCUCUCUCGUUCGGUCUCAGGCUUCUCAGAUUUUUCCUGGAAAAUGCAUGUUGUACACUUUGGACCUAUGUUUCCCCUCCCCCCAGAGAAUAAAGGGCCCCUUUCCCCUUUACAGCCACAGCCUUCUUCCCCCAGUCUCCCAUUUUCCAGCCUUUUGCUUCUUUCUGUGUAAUGGUGAAGGAACCAUUAUGUGGUCAGUCCCUUGCCAUCCUUCUUGGUUCCCAGAAAGUGUUACCUUCUUGCCAUGGGGUGGGAGAAGGGAUGAGAGAGAAAAAAAAAAUCAUGUUGCAGUUCACAGCCACGUUGGUAGUGAGUUUGAGGACCUUUCUGAUAUUUCUUGUCCCGAUGUUGCCUAUCUUGAUCCUAAAUUGGAUAAAGUCGGUGGAAUGGAACAGCUAUUUCUGACAGGUUACAUUUUGUCCCUGCUUCUAUAUAAUUUUUUCCUUUUUGGGAGAAAUACUAGAAACUGUACAACAGGGACCUCGUUGUACCAUUUUAUUCCCUUUGCCUUCUCUGCCGUUUCCCAAAGGCUCACUCUUCAAAUUCCUUGAACUGAAUUACAAAUGCAGUGGGUCAGAGAAGCCAGGGGCAGCCAUCAAAGCAAAUAUCUUUGGAUUUUUAAACCAAUUGAACAGUUGGAACCUCCCUUUAAGAGCAGAUCUCUUCAAAGGCAUGAAGCAACAGUUCUUUAAAAAGUUCUUUGAGAGUAUUUGUAAAAUGUAAUUCUCUCAAGGGACAAUAGUAGAGUCUUUGAAUGAAAAUUCCUGUAUUACCACUCCUUAUAUGUGUAUGUGUGCCUGUGUAUAAUAUAUAUAUCCACUGUGCAUUGUAUAAAUGUUCUGAAAGUAGACUAUCAGGCUAGCCAAGGGUGGAGGUAAAGUGUUUGCUUCCAGAAACAGGAUUUUGAGUGAUACCACAGAUUCACAGAUCCAUUAAGUGUUGUUUGCAACUCUUUGGGUGAUAUCUAUCCAAGUCAUAAUCAAGAGGAGUAGACCUAUUGAAGUCAAUGGAUAUACUCUUUGUAUAACUUGGCUGUAUAGCACCCUCUAUGUAUUCUUGUUUGAGGUCUUCAAGGCCAAGUUUAAUGCUUCUUUGAAGAGUCUAUUGUUGGUUCCCCCCUCUCCCCAAGGCAAAAGAGCAGUGAUUAUACAUUUGCUUGGUCGUGCUGCUGAAUAGAAUCAGGUGGGAUUUUGUCUUUUUCUUCAAACGCACAAGGGUAAAUUUGGCUCAGUAUGUUUUCUGUUGGGGGUUAGUCCUCCUACAACAUCAUAGAAACAUUAGUCCACAACUACAUCGGCAUUUUGGCUGGCAUCAUGUCCAUAGGAAGGUGCCAUGUCAAUGUUUAAGCACAAGUUUUUACUCUGAAUGUUUUGCUUUUUUCUCAUUAAGCAGCAGAAGAUCUAGACAUAACAAGCACAUUGUUCUUCUUGACUUAAAAGUAUUGUCCGUGUCCAGUUGCAAACCAGUGGGCACUUUUCACAUGACAGUCAUUUGGUGAUUCUUCAAGUGAUGCACAUUAAAACUUGAUAAUUUACUUAGACAAAAUUAGUUUCUUAGAAACAGUGUCUUGAUUCUUGGAUUCAGAGUUAUGGGCGCUACAGUCUAACCAAAGAAUGUUUUCUUUAAGCUCUCCCCCCCUCUGCCAAAGCUAUCACUUCAAAGAAUAGAAUUUUCUUAUUUGAGUAAAAUAAAUUAUUUUAAGAUCCAGUGCUUGCCUGGUUGGGAUUGUUGAGGGUGCACACGCGCGUGAGCCUUUCUUUUUAAGCUGAAUGUGUGGCUGCAGCUUAAAACAUUCAUAUUGUCAUUCUUCUGGAGCUUUAUAACCAUCAGUCAAGACUUUAUCCAGAUGUUAACAUCUCAUAUUCAUAGAAGAGCAUAUUUUUGUUCUGUGGGAGGUAAUUUUUAAAUGAUGUAUUUUUUUCAAAGGAAGUAUGAAAAAGAGACAGAGUGAGAGACAGAGAGAGAGCACUUUUCAAUAAGGACAAGCAAUAAGAUAGCAAUGGAAAGCCAGUGUCCCAGAAGAGAGAAUGUACCCUGGUUGUCCUAUGCCUUAUUCUAAAAUAAUUCCAUUGUGCAUAUUUUAGCUAUAUUGCAAGUGAGAGAUUAUUGAUUGCAAUUAAAUAUUUACAAUGUCAUUCCCGAGAGUUGAUUACAGUCUUUUUCUAGUUUGUGUUGAGUAAUUCUCUCCGAAGUAUGUUUUCUAAAAUUUUGUAUACAAUCCCGUUUUCAGUAAGUGCUUAAAUGAGCUCUAACUAGGUUUUUUCUUUUUUCUUUUUUUUAAUGAAUCUUGUACUGUAGCUUACUAAGUCUAUCAUAAGAGUUAUGAAUGGAGGUUGUUUUAAAUUGAAUUUGUGACUUAGUGUGUAUAUAAAGUGUAUAAACAUUUUACACGAAUCAUUUAGUUUUUUAUUCAUUUAUUAGCGCUAUACAGAUUUUCAUAUGCUGUACCUGGACAGAGUACUUUCAUAUUAAGGCUGUGUUUCUGUACCUAUUUAUAUGGGGGAAGACUUGAGUACAAGCAUCAGCAAAAUGGUAGAAGUUUGUUUGUCUAUACUUACUUGCUUGAAUGUGAAUUAACAGCUAAACUUCCUGAUGGUUAAAUGCACCCCUCCAAUGAAAACUCUUGUAUUUUGAUUAGUGAAUGUUUAUUUGCAAGCAGACUACCCUAAAGCUCCUAUUAUUUUUUAAACAAGGAUGGGUAUAAUAAAAUGAACUCACUAGUAA